UGACAUAAGGUAAGUGUACCUAAUUUGGGCACUGCACCUAUAAUGGGCACCCCGUGAAUAUAUUGAUAAAAUAACGUUACUGUGCUUUUAGUCACAAAAAAAAGUAGUGCGGGAAGUAACCUUGAAUCUUGGCUUGCCAUUCAUCUAAAUACCGCCCUCAGUUUGACUGUGAAUUUUGCCGUGUGUGGUUUGUUGUAAGCGGUUGUGAAUUUACGCGCCAAAAUAACCUCAAAUUAUUCGAUUUACUAAGAGGAUCACUAUGUCGUACAAGAAGUACUCUGAAGAUGUAAUCAAAUUAGCCAUACAAGAAGUAAGGGAAGGAAAUUCGAUAAAAUCAACGGCCAAGAAACAUAAUAUAUCACGUCCCACACUUCAACGGAGGUUAAGGACAGAUGUUUUUGUGGCAACACGCAUGGGUCCCCCCACUGUUUUUUCUCUCGAUCAGGAGCUAGUUUUUGUUCGCUGGAUCAAGGAGAUGGCUAACAAAGGUUUCCCAGUGACAAAAGACACAUUUAUGUUUAGCGUUGCUAAAACUGCAAAAGAAUUAAAUAUCACUUUUGGAGAUGGAAGCAGUGACCCUGGAAGGAAGUGGUAUGAAGGGUUUAUGAAGCGCCACCCUGACGUUUCCACUCGUACCAGUCAAAACUUAACAGUUCAGAGACGAGCAGCAACUCAGGCAGAAAUAGAAAAAUGGUUUCAGGAGGUUCAACAAUAUGUAAGUGACAAUAAUUUGAGAGAAGCAUUGGAAGAUCCAAAAAGAGUUUUCAAUUGUGACGAAACUGCAUUUUAUCUCAAUCCGAAGCCUGGAAAGGUUCUGGCCGCAAAGGGCUCUAAAUCUGUAUACACGGCAUCCGGUGGCGAUGAAAAAUUAAAUUUAACUGUGCUCCUUACAGCCAACGCAGCUGGAGAACUUGCUCCACCGAUGAUUGUGUAUAGGUAUGUAAGAUUACCGCAAUUAAUCGUUUCAGCCAUGCCCCCCGAAUGGCCCAUUGGUAGGUCAGAAAAUGGAUGGAUGACCCAUGAGACAUUCUAUGAAUACAUAGUAAAUUUUUUUUAUCCUUGGCUGACAAAUAACAACAUCGCACGGCCCGUUUUACUUUUUAUGGAUGGUCACAAGUCCCACAUCUCGAUGCCAUUGGCUACCUUUUGUGCAGCCAACGAAAUUGAACUUAUAUCACUUUUACCAAAUGCGACCCAUGUACUACAACCUAUGGACGUUGCUGUUUUCCAUUCAAUUAAGUUGGAGACUUUUGGAGACAGGAAGUUGCUGAUUGGCGCAUGGCAAAUGAAGGUCGGCAAGUAGAAAAGCAUAAUUUUCCGAUUAUUUUAAAUAACAUAUUACAAAAACUUGCACCCACAAUCAUUCAAAAUGGUUUUAAGGCAUGCGGUUUAGUACCUUGGGAUCUAACGGUAGUUAAAAUACCAGAAGUGUCAAAACAUAAGGCCCAGCAUCCAUUUCAACAGUUGCAGUCUGUUGGUGUCCCUCAUGAUACUUUCCUUAAAACACUUGAGAAAAAAAUAGGACUAGCUAAAAUGCAAGAAUUUGAAAAAAAUGUAGGAGACUGGCGAGGUGAUAUAAGGGAUUUUUCUUUAUACCACUUGUAGCUUAAUGAAAAACAAUCUAACAUUCAGAAAUCUAGAGAAUGUAUGAUGGUUCAAAAUCCAGAACAGCAGGAGGAACUAAGGGGUCUUAGUGUUUCCCCAACUCAAGAUGAUCAGUUAGCGGGCCCUUCUACAGCACCAGAUUAUGCACCAGAUGCUUUGAUUGAUGCUGGUAUGACUCCGUCAACUCCUCCACCUAUUGGUCAUUCAUCUGGAUCCAAAGUAGACCCAAUGGUACCUUCUCCAUUUAA